AUGAGAUGGCCAACCGAGUGUACCUUAUCGUCACUGGCUCGACACUACCGAAACCUCCUAAGGGCAUGUGCUCGACACAACGCCGUCGAGGUUGGCGAGAAGCUCCACGCCACCAUUAUCACCACCGGCCUCUUGAGCUUGCCUAACUCAUUUCUCCGCAACGCAGUAUUCCAUAUGUAUGGAUCAUUUGGCCGCUCGCGGUUAGCGUGCAACUUGUUCGACGAAAUUCCCCACUCGGACAAAGACACCGUGGAUUGGACCGUUUUAAUGGGUUGCUAUGCUCAGACAGGACUAUUCCUCCAUGCUUUCCAUUUAUUCAUUGAUAUGCGAAAAGAGGGUACUCAAAUCGACGAAGUCACGAUGGUUUGUGUGCUUAACGUUUGUGCAAAAUUGAGUGAUGAUGUUUUUGGGGUUCAGGGGCAAGUCUGUUUAAUCAAAUUGGGUUUAGGUUUUGGUGUUAAGGUGUGUAAUGCUGUUAUGAACAUGUAUGUGAAGUGUGGAUUAAUAGCAGAAGCGAGAAAAGUGUUCGAUGAGAUGCAAGAAAGAAGUGUUGUUUCAUGGACUGUACUAUUAGAGGGUGUGAUAAGAUAUGAAAGUUUGGAGCAUGGGAGGUUGUUGUUUGAUGAAAUGCCUGAGAGAAAUGAGGUUGCUUGGACUAUAAUGACUGUGGGUUAUGUUGGGGGUGGGUUUACAAGAGAAGCUUUUGACCUUCUCGGUAAAAUGGUAUUUGGUUUUGGGUAUGGGUUAAAUUAUGUUACACUUUGUUCGUUGUUAUCAGCUUGUACACUGUCGGGGGAUGUGGUGAUGGGUAGGUGGGUGCAUUCGUAUGCUUGGAAAACGAUGGAGAAUGAUAUGGAUAUCAUGGUGAUUACGGCUCUGAUUGACAUGUAUGCAAAAUGCGGUAGGGUGGAUACUGCAUUUCAAGUUUUUAACACAAUCCCUCGAAGGAAUGUUGUCGCAUGGAAUGCUAUGCUAAGUGGGCUAGCAAUGCAUGGACGAGGUAAUGUUGUAUUGGAUAUCUUCCCCCAACUGGUUACAGAGGUCAAGCCAGAUGAUAUGUCAUUUACAGCUGUGUUAAGUGCUUGUAGUCACUCAGGUCUCAUCGAUCAGGGUCGCCACUUUUUCUAUAACCUUGAAGCUUUAUAUGGCAUAAGACCUUCAAUGGAACACUAUGCUUGCGUGGUAGAUCUUUUGGGUAGGGCUGGACAUUUGGAAGAAGCAGAGAUAAUAAUAAGGGAAAUGCCAAUUCCUCCAAAUGAGGUUGUGUUGGGGUCACUUUUGGGUUCCUGCAGUGUGCAUGGUAGGCUCCAACUAGGAGAACUCCUUAUGCAAGAGUUGAUUCGGAUGUAUCCCCUUAAUACCGAAUAUCAUAUCUUGCUUUCUAACAUGUACGCUUUGGAAGGAAAGCAGGACAAAGCUAAUUCUCUCCGUCAGGUUUUAAAAAAAAGGGGUACUAGAAAGGUGCCGGGAAUGAGUUCUAUUCAUCUCGGUGGUCAGGUUCAUCGGUUCAGCGCAGGGGACAAGUCGCACCCACAAACCCAAAAUAUAUAUUUAAUGCUGGAUGAGAUGAUUCGAAGACUAAGACUGGCUGGUUAUGUCCCCAACCUUACCUCUCAAAUCUUUUCUGGUCGUGAUGGUGGUGAGGGGAAUGCGGAAGAGUGGGAGGAGAAGGAGCAGGCACUUUUUACUCAUAGCGAGAAGUUGGCAGUUUGUUUUGGGCUUAUCAGCGCAAGAGCUGGUGUGCCUCUUUACAUUUUCAAGAAUCUACGAAUAUGCCAGGAUUGUCAUUCUGCCAUAAAGAUUGUGUCCGUUAUAUAUAACCGGGAGAUUGUAAUCAGAGAUCGCAAUCGUUUUCACACUUUCAAGCUUGGUUCGUGUUCUUGUUCUGAUUAUUGGUGACUUCCACUACAUUAUGCUGUGAAUGCGAAUUAAUUGGGUCGAAACAAUGAAACCUUCAAUUUAAAUCAAAAUGAGCCCCA